UUCGAAGCUAUCACAGCGAUCACAGCGUCAACGGGCAAAUCAAAUCUAUUGACUGGAAUUCGGCGAAGUCCAAUGUUUACAUUUUGACAUUUUUCAAAUGUUAGGGAAGAUUUUCAUAAAUUUUGACAAACGGAACGUGAAAUAUAAAACAAAGUGUUGUUGACUAAAAUCCAAUGGUCGAAAAUAAAAUCGGAAAAUCUGAUGGUCACAAUGGUGAAGCAACUAUGUCGAUUAUGCAUGGGAUCAUGUUCCGUGGACGCGACGACAAAUCGUUCGAUCCUGGAUCCGGAGUUGCAUGCCAAACUGGUAUCUGUAUUUCUGUUUGAGCUGCCAAUCGAGGACUCCUUACCGGAUUCAGUCUGUACGGAUUGCGUUUACAAAGUGUCCGAUUGGUAUUCUUACUACGAGACUGUGCAAUCCAAUCAACAUCAAUUGAAAGAUGCAGCUCAGAACGACGAGGAUACCAAGUCAAAACUAGCACUGGAAUUAGUCAAAUUGGAAAUGCACGAAGAAGGAAACCGAGAUGUUUCAGAACCUGUUGAAAAUGAACUGGAUGACUUGGAUGUUAAACAAGAAGAUGGAUAUGGUGAAGAAUCGAUGACUUCUGAAAGUAGCGAAGAACCAGUACCCAAAAGGACUAAACGGAAAUACACAAAGCGAAAAUUUCAGGACGUCGAGAAGAAAAAACCCGAUGCAGAAAAGAUCAGAAAGACAGAGGAGGACAACAAAAAGAUCAAGGAAUUUUUCAAACUAACUUGUGAAGUUUGUGACGAAUCGUUUGAUGAAUUAUAUCGAUUGCAGCAACAUUCUCAGAGGAAACAUAACGUGCGUGCCAGUAUCAAAUGUUGCAACCGCGUUCUUUACAAAAAGUGCAGGAUUAUUGAACAUAUCGACUCACACGUACAUCCCGAUCGGUUCCACUGUGACAUAUGCAAUAAAAACUACAAAACAAAGUACUAUUUGGACCUACACAACAUUAAAUCACACAGUCGCUCGGAAGAAAAGCCAUUCAAGUGCGAUAAAUGUCAUCGGAGUUUCCCAAAAGAAUUUCUGCUCAAAGCCCAUUUGCAGACGCAUGUCCAAGCUGAGUGCACUAUUUGCCACAAGAUGAUGGCCAGCGCAUUUACACUUCGUUGUCACAUGGAAAUCAUGCACGGGGAACGUGUAAACUUGAUUUGUGAAACAUGCGGACAGGAGUUUCGAACCAAGCUGGGAAUGGAAAGACACGUCAUGAAACACCAAGGCUUGGUUUCGAUCGUAAGAGUUAAGUGCCACAUCUGCAAUAGAUGGGUAAGCGGUCGACAGAAUUUGAAAAUCCACGUAAAAACGAUGCAUGCCGAGACAAGCAAACCGGUAACGUGUGAUAUCUGCAAUCAAACGUAUCCGAAUGAGCGAGCAAUGGGCAAUCACAAACGGCGGGUGCACGUUGAGGAACGAUUCGCGUGCGAAUUUUGUGGCAAAAAGUUCAAAAGGAAAAUCUACCUGAAGGAACACCGAGCAUCUCACACGGGGCAAACCUUGUAUUCUUGUGACGUGUGCGGGAUGACGACAAACUCGAACGGAAAUCUGUACGCACACAAGAAGAGUAAACAUCCGGAGCAGUGGAUGGAGGCUAAGAAGAAGGCAAUCGAGCUGGCUUAUGGAUAAGUUCGAAACUGAAGGCUGUAGUACACUCUUUGUCGUAUUGUCAAAAAAAAAAAGUCGUUAGUAUUCAGGUAUCUCAAGCAGACUGAUGAUAUAUUGGCAUGGUCAAGCUCAUACUUUGUCGUUUAUAACAAAGAAUGUACAGAUGGCCUAACAGAUUAUGUUCAUAUGUGUGUUAAAUACAACUCUGGCAAUUAAAAUUCUUUAUCCCCUA